AUGCUUGACACAGGGAACUUUGUCCUAGUUAGCCAGAACCAUGUCAACUUGUGGGAGACGUUCAGCCAACCAACCGACACGUUGCUGCCUACGCAACAGUUAGAUCAAGGGACUAAAGUUAAUGCUCGCUACUCCGAAAUGAAUUACUCCGCCGGGAGAUUCCACUUCAUGCUGGGAGACGACGGAAAUCUCGCAUUCUAUGCCACUCCUGACCCGUGGGUUGCCUCAGAUACUUACUGGGAUAGCAACACGAGCAACGACUUCCGAUUGAUAUUCAAUCAAAGUGGUCAGGUCUACCUCACGGAUAGGAAUGGAACACUGCUCCAACUCGUCUCCUCAGACACAUUCCCUGCCAGCAGAUAUUACCGAAGAGCAAUCCUUGAAUUCGACGGGGUCUUCAGGCAGUAUGUCCACUCUGAUUCAAGUUCUCUCAUGAAAAUGGGCUGGGUGGUGGCCCGUUCUUCCCCAGUCCCUCCAAAUAUAUGCACAAGCAUCACGCAAACUAUGGGUUCUGGAGCUUGUGGCUUCAACAGCUAUUGUUCUCUUGGAGAAGAUCAGAGGCCCCGAUGCCACUGCCCACAUGGGUAUACUCUGUUAGAUUCAACAAACGAGAUGAACGGAUGCAGACAGGACUUCGUACCGCAGAGUCGUGAUGAAAGUAGGCCUGAAACGGACCAGUUCACUUUCUUUAGCAUGCCUUAUACAAAUUGGCCAAUGUCUGAUUACGAGCGUACCGCGGCGCAAACCGAGGACAGUUGCAAAGAGGCUUGUUUGGCUGAUUGUUUAUGUGCACUUGCUAUUUUCGGCGACAAUGGAAAUUGCUGGAAAAAGAAAUCCCUCUUUCCAAUGGAAGAGAGGAUCGUAGUGAUAUUGCAAAAGCGCUGA